UUAAAGCAGCUGUCAAGCCAGGGUGAAGGCAGAGUGACCAGGGAAGAGCUCCGCGGUCUGCAGAGUGACCAGGGAAGAGCUCCGCGGUCUGCAGAUUGGACAGGCAAGGCCCUGCCGUGGGGCCACAAGAUGUGACCUACAAUGGACUGGCUCAUGAGGGAGAAACAGGACAAGAAUGACACCACCUUCCAGCUUCUGCCUCCUCCUGCUCCGAGCGCUAGGCAUCUUUGCCCUUGGUCAUUUCACAAAAGGUCAGAACAACACACUGAUUUUCACAAAGGGAAAUACCAUUCGCAACUGCAACUGUCCAGUAGACAUCAGGGACUGUGACUACAGUUUGGCUAACUUGAUGUGCAGCUGUAAGUCUGUCCUGCCUUCUGCCAUGGAGCAGACCAGCUAUCAUGGCCAUCUGACCAUCUGGUUCACAGAUAUAUCCACAUUGGGCCACGUGCUGAAGUUCACUCUGGUCCAAGACUUGAAGCUCUCCCUAUGUGGCUCCAGCACCUUCCCCACCAAGUACCUGCCUAUCUGUGGGCUGCAGAGGCUUCACAUCAAUACUGAGGCCAGGCGUCCCUCCCGGGAGCAGAGUUUGCUCAUCCACAGCAGAAGGGAAGGCAGCCCCAUGCACAAAGGCUGGCAAACGUGUGUGUGCAUCUCAUUCUUGGAUGUGGCUCUUUUCAACAGGGACUCGUCUUUAAAGUCAUACAGUAUUGAUAACAUUUCUAGCCUCACCAGUGACUUUCCUGACUUUUCUUACUUUAAAAUCUCCCCAAUGCCAAACAACAGAAGCUAUGUUGUCACAGUUAUUUACUAGCAUCCUGUGUCCCUCCACCAGGAACUCUGAAAAAGAAAAAAAUAGCAUUUGAACAGGAAUUUGGGAAUAAGGUCGUAAGACAGUUGUCCCUGUUCCUUCUCUUAGCCUCUGUUUACAACAAAGCCACACCUAAGAGCAGCCACUUCUCUUUGUUCCACUUUCAAUGCCAAGAGCAAUUUGACUCCUGAACUAUGUCCCAAGGGCCAGCUAGAAGCUAGGUCUUUGCAACUGGUAGCCUGUGGAGAGCUGUCAGGCUAGAAGGGGGCAGAGUAGAGUACA